UUGACCACAAUAGUAAACGGGAACGACUUGCGAAAGAAAAAGAGUAUUAUCAUCUCUCUCGUUUACCGACAUUGGAGAUUCUAUUCUUUUUCUAUUCUAUUUUUAUUUCUGUGCUUGAAACUGUGCAAAAUGUGUCUAGUAACAUUUUAUCCCGGAACAUUUUUUAGCAGGUGUAUUUUUAAUAUAUACCUCGUAUUCUGUUUUUUUCGAUCUACUACGCAUGUGCAGUAGCGUCUUUGGGGCAUGCGCAAUAGCGCCCGGUACGAAUUUUUCAGUUGGAACGAAUAUAUCGCGACACCGGAGCCGUAUACCAUCACUAGCUGUGAGGUCCAGAACCAAGAAAUGCGUUAAAUAAUGAACAAAUUAUCAUCCCAAAAAAUUAUCAGGUUUGCGAUAUUCAUUUUUAUUAUACAGACUCUUUGAAUGAUUGAAAAUAACGUGUCCAUUUUUCUACUACGUUUAUGAGGAUUAUAUCAUGUACAUAUGCGUCAUAAUGCUAUUUCUUCGGUAUUUAUUUCGAAUUUGGUUUUGUAGAAAUAAACAAACAAAUAUAUCUAACUGUUUGCCAGACUCGAAAGUUUCUUUUCCGUUAAACAGGGAUAAUGUCUGUCCCAAGUGGAAUAAACAGCAGCAUGAAACGGCGAGGCAGUAUGUUCGAUGCUUCGCUCGCUCGACUGAACCCAGUGGGAUCAAGUUUGUGCACGUUUCAAGAAGAUCCAACAAGUGAAUUGUUUCUUAUGAAAAAGUUUUCCGUUCGUUACCAGAAUACGUAUAAAGUGGACCCAGAUAAAAAAUUUGAGCCUGGGAAAGUCCAGGCUAUAUUAGAACAAGUCCUUAUGGACAAACUAGAAGACGUUGAAUACAAUUCAGUUAUAAGCCGUGAACUGAGCAAGCAGAUUUCUGACAAAAUAUUGAAAAUCCUAAAAACUCUUGGUUAUAACAGACAUAAACUUGUCGUCCUGGUCAACAUCGGCCAGUUAAAAGAUCAGGGAACAAGAGUAAGCAGCAGGUGCUUGAUGGACACCAAACGUGACAGCUGGGCGGGUGCUUUAUAUGAAGGAAAGACAUUAUGGGCGACUGCUACCGUGUACGGAAUAUAUUAUGAAUAAGUAAUACAAGAUAUUGUUCCGAUACGUU